UGGGGCUGUGAAGGCUCGUGCCGGGUGAUGUUAGGCGGCUCCCUGGGCUCCAGGCUGUUGCGAAGUGUGGGUGGGAGUUGCGGGCAGUUCUGGGGGCGGGGUGUCCGCGAAGGUGGCGCAGCCAUGGCGACAGGGGAGAGCAUGGCUCAGCGGAUGGUCUGGGUGGACUUGGAGAUGACAGGAUUGGACAUUGAGAAGGAUCAGAUUAUUGAGAUGGCCUGUCUGAUAACUGACUCUGAUCUCAACAUUUUGGCUGAAGGUCCUAACCUGAUUAUAAAGCAGCCAGAUGAGUUGCUGGACAGCAUGUCAGAUUGGUGUAAGGAGCAUCAUGGGAAGUCUGGUCUUACCAAGGCCGUGAAGGAGAGUACAAUUACAUUGCAGCAGGCAGAGUAUGAAUUUCUCUCCUUUGUACGACAGCAGACUCCUCCGGGGCUCUGUCCACUUGCAGGAAAUUCAGUUCAUGCAGAUAAGAAGUUUCUUGACAAAUACAUGCCUCAGUUCAUGAAACAUCUUCAUUAUAGAAUAAUUGAUGUGAGCACUGUUAAAGAACUGUGCAGGGCACUCGAUGACAUUAGUGAAAGCAUCAGAGAACUUCAGUUUUACCGAAAUAACAUCUUCAAGAAAAAAACAGAUGAAAAGAAGAGGAAAAUUAUAGAAAAUGGAGAAAAUGAGAAGACUGUGAGUUGAUGCCAGUUCUCAUGCUACUGCCACCGAGUUCUCUGGAAGCAACUUCUGGUGGUCUUUUUUUGUUCACCCUGAUUGCUUGGCAGAGCACCUUUCAGUUCUCUUACUCCUCUAGAUUACUCACACAGACAGCACCUGGAAUACUAUUUUUCUCUGUCUGUGUGUUACCAUAUCUAACAUGACAGUUUCUUUGUAAGUACCAGGUCAUGUCUAUCCCUCAGUACAUAUCUGUCUUUGCUUUUAGACCUUUUUUUUUUUUUUUUGUUUAAAAAAAUAAAUAAAUAAAGCUAGUACUAUUGAAAUGCAAGUUUUUUUUUGUACCAUCAAUUUUUUAGUAGUUUAAUCAUUGGAGAAGGAUGGCUUUUUCCUUGUUUUAAGUGGUAUGGCUAAUGUUUAAACUCUCAUAAUGCAGUUCGGAAUGGAUUAAGUUUCUUAUAUUAAAUAGAAAGUGAACUUAUUCUGUUUUGCUUUACAAGUCAAGAAAAGAAUAACUCGAGAGAUUCAAAGCAGCAGCUUUGAACUUGUAAUUAUUGAACUAAUAGAGAGCUCUGGAAUAGGUUGCUUUUCACUGCAUUCAGGAAAUUCAAGUAAGCCAUCUACAGGGAUUCUGUAAGUAAUAACUAAGAUGUAUUGAAUAGUUACGUGCAAGGCAGUCACUGUGCUAGGUUUUCAGAGCAUAAAUAGCUAGGUACCCUAGGAAUAAUGGUCAGUAGGUAGGUGAGAAAGAUUUCAGUUUCUCUUAAGUUUAGAGUCCUUUGGUUGAGGGCUUACCACAGUCCAAGGUGAGUCCUCAACCAGAGGACACAUUGGAAUUACCUGUCUUUAGAACACAUCUCACUCUCUUUGGUGCACUUCAUGCUGGAAAAUGCCCCCUUAAGACAAGAAAUCAGAAUUGGGAAAGGCCCACAUGUGACCUGUCUUUCAUUAAGACUGCUGGACUAGAACUCUGGUUAUCUAAAUGUAUGUUCCUAUUCAGUUAUAGUCAUUAUAUGGACAUAGGAGUGUGAUCCUAGUAUGAUACAGUUACAGAAAUCACAAGACUGUGGAUUAGAAUAAUCUCAUAAUCACAGUAAAAUCUGAGAAAGCCAGAACCUAUGUAAGGCGGAAACCAGUCAGAGGGGAAACGCAAAUAUUUUUCACCAAGAUGAGCAAGAGAAAAGUGGUAAGACCACACCCUCAGUGAUGGUUCAGUGAUUAGUUCAAAAGUGGAAAACUUGGGACACCUGGAGAAACAAGGCAGUCCUGUUGAGUUCUGGCUCUCACAGGUUUCACUCUCUCACCUUUUCCAAAUGAGUAAAUUAAGGCUCACGUUCACAAACCUAUUAAGUGUGAGUUGAUAGAAAACAUAAGUCAGCUAACUUUUCUGACCAGUAUUCAUUCUGCCUUCUGGAACGGCACAGGUUUUGGCUCCUGUACCAGCUUGGGUAGUUUGGAAGGCAGGAAUGUGUAGUAGCUAGGAACAGGGCUCUUGCGUCAGAAGUCUGGGAUCAUAUCCAAGUUCCAUGAUGUACUAACUCAGCAACUUCAGGAAGUUAACAUCUCUAAGCCUCAGUUUUCCUAUCUGUAAAAUGAAGUUAAUAAUGGUACCUAACUGAAAGCGUUGUUGUUAAACUAAAUGAAGCACUAAUCAUAGUUCUCAGCUCAGUGCUUUGUACACAGUGCAUACUGUAUAAUGUUACGUAACUAAUUUUACUAAUGAAGAUCGAUUUGAGUCAGUCCAGGGUCUCUGGGAAAAGAUACUCUGAUCUACUGAUGAUGAUAGCUGGGGGCAUUAUCUCAAAUCAGUGUUCACUUCAUGCCUAUGACAACAUCAUACUGAAGACUGUUAAUAAACUUCACUAACAGUCUGACCUUGAUUUGGCAUAAUGUUCCCAACUAAAAUUUGGCAGGAUAAUCUUUGUCCUUACUUGGCUCUCAGGAAUGUUAUAAAUACCAAUGCAAGAAUAGAUAUGAAAACACUUUGGGCUUAAGAAAGAGGAUCAUAGUAAUUGGGUUACAACUAUUAAUGCUGUAGGAUUUCUCCCACACAAUUGGCCAGUUUAUUCAUCUUUUUUAACUAUUUGAGCCAUACCGUUUAGUUUACUUAAAAAUUGUAACUCUGGGUGUUAUUUAAAUCUCCUGCCUCGUUCUGUAUGUUCCUAACAUGUAGCAGAAUUCUCCAUUAUCCCCUCAUAGAGUCUGUGAUAGUUUUUAGUAACAUAAUUGGCAGCCUGUGAGAUAGCAAAUCUAGUGUGGUGCAGGUCUGUAUAAAGACAGGGUGGUUCAGUGAUUCAUUAUUUUUUAGUCUAAAAAUAAGUUUAAAUUUGUGGUGCCAGUAUUUAUACUUUCACAGGGGACUCCUGAAGCUAUGGAGUCAUUUCUGUGAAAUGAACUGUGAUGCACAUUGGCUUAAGUAUAACCACCGUCUUAAAAAUGAUCAGUAGGUUUGUUUAGCAGAGCUUGCCAUUCCAGUGCUUUUGGGGGCUUUUCAUUUGAUGGUUUUUCUGUCUGUGCUGUAAUUAUUCUUCAGUCUAUGUUCUUAGGAUCAUCCAGGUAUAUGUCCCAAAUUAAGCUCAUGAAGUGAAUGAAUCCGUACUGUAGUGAUAAUCUCCAGUAAGUACUCCUUGAGUGCCCGUGAUAAUCUAGCCAUUGUACUGAGUGUGUGGGCAAGAAAGACCUUUUUUUCAGCACCUUACCCAUGGGAGUUAAGAAUGGAACCAGAGGUACCUGUGUUUUCUCAUUUACAAAACAAUGCAUCCCUUUUUAGUCAAGCAGCUGACAAACUCAGAGAAAUUGAUAAUUACCUUUGGUAGAACUGGGGUUCUUAUGUGUGUAAGCCUUAAAGAAAAAAGAAUUGCUAGUCAUAAUGUUCAAGUGCAAUUUUGUCAUUAAACAAAUUCUGCCAUUUUGAUUGCCUUAUCAUAGUGCAUGAAUGUCCCAGGUACACUCAAAUGCCUUGGCAUUCUGAAAAAAGUAAUAAGUAGCAGGGACAGUGGAAAAUUGGUUGUUGUUAGGAUAAGCCAUUAGUAGCAUGUUAAUGAGGACGGAAGUUAUUAUGCUGUGUGUCUGUUGAUGAGGUCAAAAGCUAUUAUGUAUCGAUAUGUACUGUAUAUUUUCUGUGGAGAUUAAUUUAUUUGAGCAAAACCUUUAAUUUUAUGUGACUUGUAGCAAGACCAUAGCCAUGGUAGUAUUUUCCUAGUUGAGCGUUUUCAACUGAAUAAAGGAAUAUUGUAGCUUCAAAAAGGCUGCUAAAAAGAUGAGGUUGUAAGUCUUCAGUCCAGUAGAGUGCAGGCAGAUGCAAUAGUUACUGUCACAGUUGACUUGCCAAGAUCAAGUGGAAUGUAUAGGACCUGAGAUUUAACUUGGCUUAAAGGACAAUUUGGAGCCCUGGUGACAUAGUGGUUAAGAGCUCGGCUGCUAACCAAAAGGUCGGCAGUUUGAAUCCACCAGCCGCUCCUUGGAAACCCUAUGGGGCAGUUCUACUCUGUCCUAUAGGAUUGCUAUGAGUUGGAAUUGACUCGACCGCAACGGGUUUGGUGUUUUUUGGUAAGGGACAGUGUAACCAGUCAGUUUUGCACCUGGGUUAUAAUGCCACCGGUGUUCUGUGAUAUAGAAAACAAGUCUCUCAGAAAGAACAAGCCAUAGAAAAUGGGAAGGUUGGGGACUGUGGAGCAAAAAUAUGUUCCUGUGCAAAUGAAAAUGUACCACGAACACCCUGCAGAAUACUUGGGGAUCCAGGAUAAGAUGCAUUAUUUGCCACAACACAUUUUCGGAAUGAUCCUGUCUUAGGACCAGUGUUUAAUGGGAGCUGGCUUAGAGGAGCUAAACUCUGGAACCCUGGCUUGUGUCCUUGUGAAGAGCGCGUCCCUUCGUUUCCCAAUUUAGAAUAGCAGGAAGUGAACAAUUUAGGACAGUGCUUGCGUUUAUCUCACCAUCAAAGUAGUAUAAGAAAUUGCUGUUUUUUGUUUACAAAUAGAGAAUUUAAUGAAUUUAUACCCUUUGGGAGCAUCCAACCUCUUACCUCCAAACUGAGCCAUAUGAGGUAUUGAGGAUAGAGAGAUAUUUCUGUAUCUAGAUUAAUAGACCCUUGUAGGCUGCUUGGAAACCAGCUCUGUUUACAACAUUUUUUCUGUGGAAAAUGUUUCCAUUUUGAAUUCCAUUUAACCAGCUCACAAUUAAGCAGUAGAACUCAUUGUUAAGUUAGAGACCAUGUGUACAAAUUUUGUCCUUUCACUCAUCUUGCUUGUACUCUCUCUGCCCAUAUCAUUCAUGUUUUACACACUAUUUCAUCUUUACCUUUCUAGGGCUUCUAAGGUACCUUGUUAUUUCCUUCUACCUUCUUAUUCUGGCUUUAAAGCCUUCUGUGAAAUAGGUUGCCAUGAUAGCCUAGUCAUUUUAUGUUCAUACUUAACAGCUAGCAGAAGCAAUUUCAGAAUUGAAAAGUAAGAUGGAUGUUAAGGGCAUUGUUAAGCCCUCCCUAAAAAGUGGAGCAGGAGUAAGGUUGGCUCCUGUUGAAACUAUUUUCAUUUAAAUAUGAGCUUCCAAAAUGUAGGGAUUGGUAUUAUAUGCCCCAGGGCCAGCCUUUCUUAGAAAUCCUUGUUUCCUCGUCAGAAGCAUCAAUACUUGUUUUACACAGUUUAGGUUUUAUGAAUAGUAAAAGUUUUCCAUUAUCUGUGUAGUCUAUGGAGGUGGCCAAAUUUAUUUUGCCAAAUAAGGAUGUUAAAAAUUUCCACUAUCACCCUCAUUUCCAAAGGAAGAACAUUUUGACUCACAUAUACAAAGGAAGGACAUAAUUGCAGAAUAAAAGACAAAUACUUCAAAUUGAAUACAUUUAGCUUUGUGAAAAAAUUAAAUUGUGUCCUUUUUCACAUUGCACUUUAGAUUGAAUAAAAGACACACACACACAAACUUCGUCCUGGGCCUGUAUUAAUCCCCACGUUGGAGUUUGGGAACAACUGGUAUAAAUGCUUGGGACUUCUGCCAGAAUCCUUCUUGUAGAGGAAUAGAAGAGAAAGAAGUUACAUUCUGAGUUGCCAGAGUUAUUUUGUUUUCCAAGUUAUUAAAAGGACCUGGGAAAUAUCUGAAAAGCUUCCUAGCUGUCUGCUUGAGAUAAAAUUCCAUGAUCUGCUGAUAAUCAGACCAUCAAGUGAAGACUCUGUGUUCCUUUGUUUCACACUGUUGACCUUGUACAGUCUUUCCAAGUGAUUCUAGGAAUGCUGGGAAUUCCUUGAUUAUUUAAACUUUGUUUUUCCUGUUUUUCUAGUUGUGGCUUUCUGAAACUGGUUUUGCCAUGAAGUCUUUGAUGUUCAAACAUUGGCUUUCUGAGGAUGGGUGGUGAGAGGGGACAGGUGUUAGUUUUAAAGUUAUUUUGGACCUUAAAGCUGAAGAAAGUAAAAAGUUACAAACUGGUAAUUAUUACUGAUAAUUACAAAUUGUGUAACUGAUAAAAACUGAUAUCCAGAUUAUAUGAAGAAUUCCUACCCAAAACCAAUAAACAGAAAAGGAACCCUGUAGAAAAAUGAGAAAAACCUGAGAACAGGUACUUCAUAAAAGAGGAAACUUGAAUGUCCAAUAAACAUAUAAAAAGAUACUCAACCUCAUUAAUUAGGAAAUUCAAAUUAAAACCACAACAAGAAACUGCUGCUUUCCUGCCAGGUUGGUAAACACUAAAGUCUGAUAAUACCUGGGUUUAAGUAUGAAGUGCAGUAGGAACUUUCAAGUACUACUGAUGAGAUCUAAAUGGGUUCAACUGUUGUAUAUGUUUCAUUUUCAUAGGCGUAUACUACAUACUUUAUAAAAAUACAACUAAAAAGUUUAAAUGUGAUAACGUGUGAAAACCAUAAUAAGUGCAUGGCGUAUAGAAAGUACUCAGAUGUUCGUUAUUCAUUCUUAUUAAUUAUUAAUACAAAAAUGUUUUUUGUUAAACAUAGUUGUGGCUACA